AUGGCGGAUUUCCAAUCUUGGGAUGCACUCUCGGCCAAGCUUCAGGCUCAUUUGACUGUGGAUUCCGUACAGGUCUCUUCCUACGCUAUUCUUCGUUGCAUUUACUUUUCAUACUUGCACCCAUUAUCUCAUUUCCCCGGGCCCCGGAUCGCUGCAGUGUCCAAUACUUGGUAUGCCUAUCAUUGGUUCUCUGGAAGAUGGCCAUGGGUCAUGGAAGACGUUUUGCGUGAGUACGGCGAUGUCGUACGCAUCGCACCAAAUGAGCUCGUCUUCUUCACCCCAAAGGCAUUUCAUGACAUAUAUGCGCCGCAACACAAGGGCCUCGAAACGUGGGUAAAGACGAAUUUCCAAAAUAGAGGAAAGGACCUCGGCGGUAUCGUCUGGGAAGAGGAUCCUAUUCGACACCGCGAGGUAGCCAGGAAGCUUUCACCCGCUUUUAGUUCUCAGAAUUCCCGCGCAAUGGAUCCAGUGGUCGAGAAACAUGUCACCCAUUUCAUUGAGAGGAUGAAAGAGUUGGGCUCCGUUACUGAGGGUGUGAGCCUUAUUGAUUGGUCCAAUUGGUAUUAUAUGGACCUCUCGGCGGAUUUGGUAUGGAAUGAGGAAACGCACCAGAUGCGAGACAGGAAAAGUUCCGUCUAUCUUGACGUCCUACUUGGUUUCAAUGCCUUUGCCACCGUGAUGCAAGUGUUCAAACGUUUUCCACUCAUCAAGCCGAUGCAGUAUCUGUUUGUCCCUCUGUCCAAGCUAUCAAGCCUAGGCCAAGUCAAGAAAAUGACCAAGCAGGCGGUAGAGAGACGUAUUGAGAGAAGAGGCAAGCUUCAUCAUGGCGAUUACUUCGAAUUUAUUUUACCAGAUCCCGAACCACUGCCAUCAAACAGGCGUGAACAGUAUCUCAUCGGUUCUCUUGGUCUGCAACUACUAUUUACCAGCUUCGGCCCGAUGUCUGACUGGCUUUACGGCAUAAUCGUCUUUCUCACAGAGGAACCUGAGUGUUAUAAGGAGUUUGUGGCAGAGAUACGGGGGCACUUCAACAGUCUAGAUGAGAUCACGCCAGAGGCACUGACUUCUCUGCCCUACUUGCAUGCGGCAUUGGAAGAAUCGCUACGUCUUCUUCCCAGCAACAGUACAGGAUUACCCCGUUUCAGUCCUGGUGGCACAGUCGACGGACAUUACAUUCCUAAGGGGACCCAUGUUCAAACCAGUGUCUUCGCCAAUGGCCGUAGCCCUCGUUUCUUUCACGAGCCAUUGAAGUUUAGACCCCAGCGAUGGUUGCCGUCUUCUCACCCGCUAUACGACAAGGCUUUUGAAGACGAUAAUCUUAAGGGACUUUACCCAUUUAACCUAGGCCCGCGGGUGUGCCUCGGCCGCCAAACGGCGUGGCGACAGGGAAAACUUUCCAUUGCCAAAGUUUUGUGGUUCUUUGACAUAGUGAGAGUGCCGGGCCAAGACUUUGACUUGGAGAGGGAUCUACUUCACUAUGGGUUUUUGGAAAAGCCUGAUCUUAAAGUGAGAUUUCUCCCUGUGCAAAGGUAG